GGCUCUCGCCCCGCCCACCCCAGCUCACGUGAACAACGCCGCGGCCCCGAGGCCGGAAGCGCUCGCGAGCCGGCGCGCAGGCUCUCCUGUUUCCGGGCGCCGCAGGGUUUCCGGAGCUUCGGCCCCACCGCGUGCCCGCGCCCGCGCUCGCGCUCACGCUCACACUCACGCUCGUUCCCGGGUUCUCGGGCCGGGAAGGCUCGGAGGCGGUUGCGCGUGCGCUGCCCAGCCUGGUCCCCGCCCCCAGGCGCGCCGGGCUCUCGUGGCACAGCCGCCAUGUGUUCGUUAGCGUCGGGCGCAGACGGCGGCCGGGGCGCUGUGGAGGAGGAGGACCUGCCAGGACUGUCAGACAGCGGUGACGAGGCCUCCUGGGAGGAUGAGGAAGAUGCCGAUCUCCCCCACGACAAGCAGCAGACCCCCUGCCUGUUCUGUGACAGGUUAUUUACAUCUGCUGAAGAAACAUUUUCACACUGUAAGUCUGAGCAUCAAUUUAAUAUUGAUAACAUGGUUCAUAAACAUGGACUUGAAUUUUAUGGAUACAUUAAACUAAUAAAUUUUAUUAGACUUAAGAAUCCUCCAGUUGAAUAUAUGAAUUCCAUAUACAACCCAGUGCCUUGGGAGAAAGAAGAGUAUUUAAAGCCGGUAUUAGAAGAUGACCUUUUACUUCAAUUUGAUGUAGAAGAUCUUUAUGAACCCGUGUCAGUUCCAUUCUCAUACCCCAGUGGACUCAGUGAAAAUACAUCAGUUGUUGAAAAAUUGAAACACAUGGAAGCCAGGGCACUGUCUGCUGAAGCUGCGUUAGCUGGAGUGCGUGAGGAUCUGCAAAGAAUGAAACAAUUUGCUCAGGAUUUUGUGAUGAACGCAGAUGUCAGAACCUGUUCGUCAUCUACAACUGCCAUUGCAGACCUCCAGGAGGAUGAGGAUGGCGUUUAUUUCAGCUCAUACGGGCAUUAUGGGAUACAUGAAGAAAUGCUAAAGGACAAAGUACGAACAGAAAGUUACCGAGAUUUUAUAUACCAAAACCCACAUAUCUUCAAAGAUAAGGUAGUUUUGGAUGUUGGUUGUGGAACUGGAAUUCUCUCUAUGUUUGCUGCUAAAGCUGGGGCAAAGAAGGUUCUUGGAGUUGAUCAGUCUGAAAUACUUUACCAGGCAAUGCAUAUCAUAAGACUAAAUAAACUUGAAGAUACUAUUAUGCUAAUUAAAGGAAAAAUCGAAGAAGUUCGUCUUCCUGUAGAAAAAGUGGACGUUAUUAUAUCCGAGUGGAUGGGCUAUUUUCUUCUUUUUGAGUCCAUGUUAGAUUCUGUCCUUUAUGCAAAGAACAAAUACCUGGCAAAAGGAGGAUCGGUCUACCCUGAUAUUUGCACUAUCAGCCUUGUGGCAGUAAGUGAUAUGAAUAAACAUGCUGAUAGAAUUACUUUUUGGGAUGAUGUCUAUGGCUUCAACAUGUCCUGCAUGAAGAAAGCAGUUAUUCCAGAAGCUGUGGUGGAAGUUUUAGAUCCAAAGACUCUUAUUUCAGACCCCUGUAGUAUUAAGCAUAUAGAUUGCCAUACAACAUGUGUCUCAGAUUUGGAGUUUUCUUCAGAUUUCACCCUAAAAAUCACAAAGACAUCGUUGUGCACGGCAUUUGCUGGCUACUUCGAUAUAUAUUUUGAGAAGAAUUGCCACAACAAGGUCGUAUUCUCUACGGGCCCCCAGAGUACCGAAACACACUGGAAACAAACAGUAUUCCUAUUGGAAAAGCCAUUUUCAGUUAAAGCAGGUGAAGCCUUGAAAGGAAAGAUCACAGUGCACAAGAAUAACAAAGAUCCACGGUCUCUCAUUGUGACCCUCACAUUGGAUAAUUCAACUCAAACUUAUGGUCUCCAGUGAAAAGGCCACAAAAGCACUACUUUGCAGUUUUUGUUGUAGGGGAGGGGUGGAGAGGGAGGGGAGGGAGGGUUUUAUGUGAGCACAUGGAUGAUGGGUCCUUUCCUGAGCCUCCUCAGUAGGAGAGAAGCAGGAAUCUGAGGAUGCAGCUAAGGAGGGCACUGCCUGAUCCUGGUGAUCCACCGCCAUAAUCACAUUCUUGGAAGUCUGGUCAGUGAGAUUUAACCAAAUGUAACCCCUACAUUGAGUUUGCCUGUAUUGAAAGUCAUUUAAAUUGGCCUAAAUUUGGAACAGAGAUAGUCUUUUGUUGUUUUAAAUAAGUUUCUUACUAUAAAUUUUAAAUACUGGUAAUUGAUUAGUUAUUUGGAUGUUGUUUUAUUAAACUAGUAACUGUGUACAAGGUAUUACAUAUUUUAUUGCAGAUUUCCUUUCUGAGGAGUAGUUUUAAUUGUAUUUGCUAGAAUAUCAGGCUAUAAUACAUUAAAAGAGCAAGCAUAAGGGACUAAAAUAUGGAAACAGGACCACACAAAUUGUAUUUGAAGACAGCUUAGUUGAUUGCCACAUAAUUCUGUUCUCAUUUUUUAGCUUCUUCUCUCUUUGCAAAUAUUCUUGAGUCAUAUAGUUUUCUAGUAUUGCCCAGGAAAUCUAGUUUCAAUGCAUUUACCCUAGGUUUCAUAAAAGUUUUUAAAGAUUGGGAUAAAUAUGUACUUAUUUACUAAUACUUUUUUCAAACUAGAUUUAUGUGCAAUUUAAACAUGUAACUGUUAAUAUACUUAUAUCACUCUAUACAAUUGUGUCAUUUACAAUUAUUGACUCAGUUUGAAGCGCAGAACAGAAAACAUUCAAUUAAAUGUAUAC